AUGGAUAUAUUAGACAGGAUUGAGUCUUCAAAUUGGGACCCUCUAGCAUCUAAUUGUGAAGAGAAAGGAGGAACCUUAGAAGACAACAUCUCAAUCCUCGCUGCAGAUCCGAACAAUCGUUCAAAGAGUCAGAUAGCCCAGCUCUCUGACUUCUUUGAGAACAACAAGAAUAACUUCUUUUCAAAGUUAGAAAAAGAAAAUGGGCAUAAAAUACUUGAGAUGAUCUUUAAAUAAAAUCAAGCUAUCAACUCUCGCAUCAUUCUGAUCAUCCAAGAGUAUGGACCAAGACAAGUACGUUAUACCCAAGAAUAUUCCUAUUGUCGAAUAUGGAGAGUAUGGAGACACUUUUUAUAUUAUUCUGAAAGGAAGAGUGUCAGUGAGGGUUCCAUCUGUAGUCGAAUCCAAAAUGUACACGCUGACUCAGCUAAUCCGCUAUCUCUAUCAGAACUUUAAAUAUCUUAUAAAGGAUGAAGAAUACGAGGCUGCUUUGGCUAUGCUGAAAACUUAUUACCCCGAUUCAGUAAAGAUAAGCCAGAAGGGACAAGUUAGCCUGAAUUAUAAUUAUCUGGAGAAAAAGUUUGAAAAACAUGAUUCAUCGACUAGAGAAGGGGAAGACAAAAAUUUCCAGCACUUGGUAAAGCCAUUGGGUCUCCCUCAAGAAAGCGCAAGAGCAAUAUAAUUGAGGAGGAAGAAGAACCCACACGUCCUUUCGGUUUCAGAACAUUAACCAGAGUCGCUGAAUUAGGUGAAGGCGCAGGGUUUGGGGAGGUGGCUUUGCUGCAUAAAGUCCCUCGAACUGCUACCAUUACCACCUUAACAGAUUCCAUAUUUGCCAUACUGGAAAAGAAAGAUUUCAGUUCCAUCAUGGGUAGGUUUUACAAGAGCAAACUUGUAAGACAAGUCGACUUGAUGGAUAAUUUUAUGGUUUUUAAGCAACUUAGGGAGUCUACAAAGGAAAAGGUGUGUACACUCCUCAAGGACUGUCCUACAAAAUUUAGCUCAACUAUUCUUAAAGAAGGAGACCCCAUUCAGAAUAUCUACUUCAUUACUAAUGGGCAAUUUGAAAUUACUAAGACGAUUUAUUAUAAGAAAAAUGAAUCUAAAGCGAAGAGGAAGAUGGACAUGGAUAACAUUACUUAUACUAAGUACUUGUCAACUAAGAGUGACGCCAAGACCUUCAAUCCUAAGCUUGAGAAUGUUUCACAUAACCAGGAGCUUGACUAUAAGGAGUUUAAAAAGUCAACCAAGGGAUACUACAAAGUGAAUAGUAGGCUUCUCUCCUUUGAAAAAUUCGAAAUCUUUGGGAUGGUUGAGUCUAUCAUUGGCUGUCCUUACAGUAUUGUCAACUUAAAAUGUCUCUCAAAUGAUGCCCAAGUCUACCAAAUCAGUAAGGAAGACUUUACAACGCUGUUUCAAGGCAAUACAUCUGUCAAGAAAAAUAUCAAACAGAAGCUAGCCUUAAUGGAGGAAAGGAUCAAUCUAGCAUUAGAACAAUUGCUGAUAAAGCUAAAUGAAGAGUUUAAUAAAUAAGGACAAUAAUACCUCACUGAAUGAGCUGCUGCUUAGGAGCAUUAAUAGGCAAGUUAUCAGGUCAAAUUUCUCUAAAUAAGUCUUCUCAAUUACACCAAGAUAUGGAAGAUACUCCCUCAGAAAUCCAUGAAAUUGCCCCACCAUCAAAGCCAAAGAAGGGAAUGACAUAUCUUGACUUGGUCAAUGCCUCUGCUGUUACUCCUGAGAAAGCAAGGAGGAACAGCCAAGAGUCAACUCGAAGAGACAAGUCUCCUAAAAUCAUUGAGACUAAAGAUCUUGAACUUCAUUUUACAAAGCAGCAGUCUUUGAAAUCUCUGAGGAAAGCUAAUAAAAUUCAGAGCGAAAUUGACACUAAUUCUCAAAGUAAACCAUUUGCCUUGACUGCUGAAAAGGGAAAGAAAAAGCUGACACAGCUUUGAGUGAAGAUUUCUAAAAGGAAUACACAAAAAUAUCAUCAUAAAGCGAGAGUCAAAAGUGACUCAAAAGAAAUAACAAUCGAAGAAAACAAAUUUUCACAGUUUAAAAGAGCAGACAAGAACUCAAGUAGAUCUCCAUCGAAGUCAAGAGUAGAGAAAGAGGUAUUGAAGAGCUCGAGGCUAGGCGAGGUGCAUAUUACCACUCCGAAAGUCAAUAUCCUCCAAAGCCAAAAGAGCAACAUGUCUGACCUAUCUCCAGUAUUUAAGCCAACCAGGAAUAGCCAGGUGGCGCAUACAAAGAUCAUCAAUGUUGAGGAGAUCACUCCUUAUAAAAGGAAAAAUAGAAAGACUCAUAGAGUCACCAACGCUUCUAGAAAUGAUCUGAGUGCAAGCCUGAUCACUUCUGAAUUCAUAAAGUUUUGUGACCUUAAUAAGCUAGCUAACCAUGAAGAUGAUGCAUUAGAGACUCCUCAGAAGUAUCAAGACAAAGUAGUCCAAAGCAGGGAUGUCUCUCCUCUAAAGUUAGCACAAGGAUUAUCUUCAAUAGUGCCUGUGCUCAUCACUCCACAGGUUAGGAAGGGCAAGAAGAAGCUUUUUGGGAUGGAUAGAACUGAAAGAAUCAAUAAGCUCGAAAUGACUACUCUGAAACAAAGCAGAAAGCAUAAAACCAACAAGUCACUUGAAAACACUAGGAGGAAGAGAGAUAGCAAUUUCAAUCAGCCGUUCAAGCCCAAUUCUCCCUUUAAGAACAAUAUUUUGGAAGGCUUAAAGCUCCCAAAUCUGGGAAACAAAAAGAGAAGUGAAGUGAAAUACUCCACAAACCACAAGGACUUGAGUUUCCUCCAUUACAAGAACGCUUCAGUGUUUCAUGGGAAGAAGGCCCCAAUCAUGAUUGACUCUGUAAAGCUAGAGACUUCAUUAUCGCCAACAUUUGACACUCCUCAGAAGGAAGUCUCUAAUUUCCCAAAGCCAAUCAAAGAUCCUCGAUAUAUGAGGAUAAAGAAGAGUUUUAAGAGAAUGUUGUCCAGUGCUCUCAAGUCUGAAACCGCAGAGAAGAUCAAGAAAUCAAAAAUGCAUGGAUGCAAGCAUGGAUGCAAGCAUGGAUCAAUAGGCUCACAGCCUCCAGAGUCUAGCGUGCUAAGUUUGUUGCAGAAGAAGGCCAAGCAGAUCGCUUUUGCAUCUCCAGUUUAUCAAUUGCCGUAUAAGAUGACCAAUAAUCUCAAUAAGAGCAAUUUUUAGAUAUUU